CCCGGGCCGUGGGUCUGUACGGAGCCACCCCAGGGGUCGUCUCCUCCCUUAUGUCCGCUGUCCUCGGCAUGCCAGGUCUCACAGGCACCUGCCUGUGAGCCAUCACAGAAACAUCUCGGUCCCCUGAGCUGGACUCUGCUGUGUGGGUGGAGCCUGAGGCCAGGUGCAUGGGAAGUGCCCACGCUGUGCCACCUCACCUUCUGUGUCACAGCAGAGCCACUGCCCUCGGCACAAUGCCAAGUCUCACUGGGAUCCGUGGGAAACACCUGGGGCCAGCGCCACCAUCUGCCUGCCGCACGCUUCCUCCCAGGACCAAGUGACCAGCAAGGUCAAGGCCACCCAAACACGCAGAGGGCCAGGCCCCUCCGUCCUACAGAAUGAGUAUCCAGAGCUGCAGAAAGAGAGGAGAGAGAAUAAGAUUCUCUCCUGCAGAGCCGUCGGUUCAAAGAAGCAUCUUCAGAUCUUGGCCGCCCCCUAUGCCCAGAGCCUGGGAAGGUGCGGGACUCAGGCAGGCCGUCAGCCGCUGCUGUGGAGAGAUGGCAGUGAGCCACUCCGUGAAGGAGCGGACCAUCUCCGAGAACAGCCUCAUCAUCCUCUUGCAAGGCCUCCAGGGCCGGGAGACCACGGUGGACCUGCGGGACGAGAGUGUGGCCCACGGACGCAUAGACAACGUCGAUGCCUUCAUGAACAUCCGCCUGACCAAGGUCACCUACACGGACCGCUGGGGUCACCAGGUCCAGCUGGAUGACCUGUUUGUGACAGGCCGUAACGUCCGCUAUGUGCACAUCCCAGAUGACGUGAACAUCACCGCGACCAUCGAGCAGCAGCUGCAGCUCAUCCAUCGGGUGCGCAACUUCGGCAGCACAGGCAAAGGCCGCCGGGAGUUCCCCUCCAAACGCCAUAAGUGAGGCUGUGCCCUCGGCCAACUCCAGCCCCAACUCAGGCUCCUCCGCGUUCUCCUGAGCUGGCUUCCCGCCAUCCCUCUCUGCCCAGAGCCUGGGAAGGGGGCGGGACCAACCCAGAAACUGACAUCCAGCAGACACCCCUGUCACACAGCUGCCUUUCGCAGGGUUCCGCCUCCCAGACUCACCCUGGAACCCAGAAUCCCGUCUCUCUGUGGCCUUGGGGCAGGUGACAGUCCCCCUUUUUGCUCCUUUGCACCUGAACCUCUCUGGGUUGCUGGGUUAUGGAAUCUGUGCGGUAGUUUUUAACCCUCUCCCAGUGAGGAUUAUGAAAUGGGCUCGUUCUGAGCCCUAUCUCGGUGUCCCCUUUUCUCUUGCAGUUAUGGUCACUUUCUCAUAAAAUCAAACUUGAAUACCCACAA